UUAAUAUUUGUGGCAUAAAUGGAAAAGGGGCGUCGAAAAAUUAUUGCGAAUUAAAUUGUAUCUGCCGGUGUGACAUUUAGCGAUUAUCUACAAUUAUUAAUUUACUUAAGUGUGUUGUUUCAUGGCAUUUAUCCUUUGACCACAUAUAACAAAUUAUUUUUAUUGCAAAAUGGCUUGCAAAAAUGACGAGAUUAACAUCGAACGUUUGCUGGAUCAUAUGUUAUUAUUUAAUCCUAAUUUAAAGGACAAUACGGAAAAAUUGCCUCUGAUCAAAGCCAAAUUAGAAGAACAGAUAAAGGCGAAGGCUAUUGUGCGCUUAGAAGUGGAACCAUUGUUUGAACCAUUGUGUGAAUCAGUUACCAACAAAAUAUAUCGACUGCAGCGGUUGUUGGAAAAUUGCCAAGUUAAAAAGGAUUUGCAGGGCGAGAAUGUAAGUUAUAUAAAAUGCCAAAAAACCUUUAAAUCUGAAGUGUCCUUCUCGGAUACAAGUGAUGACGAAGCCUUAAUUAUAAAGAAAAUGCGCUCUCUGAACGCAAAAAACUAUGGCAUACAGCACCAACGGCGAGGGCAUGAUAAUAAUACUGGUGAAUUAAAGGAUUACAUUCCUUUGUCGCUAAGUAAAACACCUCGCAAACGUAAGAGAUCUUCAAAGUUUAUAUCUCCCAUUAAAUCGGGCCAGUCUCGUCGAGAUGAACAUAAGAAACAUAAGCGAUCAAAAUCGAAAAAAGAUAACACCGUCUCCACCACAACCCUGCAAUGUGAAGAGGAUAUUGUUGUCGAAGACACCGAAACACGAUCUUUCCACAUUACUAUUCCUUCUUUGUUUAAAAAUGCAUUUCAUGAAUUUAACAUCAGUAGCUUGCCCAAAAGUCGUGUCAUAUUUGACGCCAAGGCACAGCAUGCCAAGCAAAAGAUGCUACAGGAGUCAACAAGAUCAUCACAAACUUGUAAAAAAUCAAAUAGAAAAAGAAAAAGUAUUUCAGCAGAUCUCGGUGCAAGUCAGAGAGAGAUGGAUGAUGAAGAUUUUACGCAGCUUAUUAAUGAUGUCAUUGGAUCGUGUGGCAACGAUGAGGAAACUAGACAAGCAGCAAAUGCUUUAGAAAAUAUCAACAAUGACAUUAUAGACAAUUAUAAUGUCUUAUCGAGUGACCAUUGCCCACAGAUUGAUUUUUUGGGAUUUGAAAAUCAAAAAUUAGGAAAACACCGACACAAAUCUUCUAAAAAACAUUCCAAGGAAAAGACUUUACCCAAGAAACGAGGUCGCAAAUCUAAAAAGGACACCAGCUUUAUGUCACAACCAUCACAAAAUAGUGAUUUGGUGGAGUAUUUUAAAAACUUUGCCAAAGAUUGCACUGCAUUGCCUGGGUCAACAACACCAGCAGCAUCUUCUACCAUGUCACAGCCACUAGUCUCGUCCACCACACAAACUUUCGAAUUUAUUGAUCAGCAGGAUACGGGCUACAUACUAUUGGAGAAUGGUAACACAUGUCAAUUGGUAACAACAAAUAGUUUGACAUUCGAUGAUACCCAAAUACAAUCAAAUAAUAUAAACGUUACAACUUCAUAUCAAGAUUCGCCUUUAAAUGAAAAUACAAAUUUACCUGUUAUAACUGAAGCUCAAUUUCGUUCUUUGGCACAAGGCACUGUUAUUCAACAAAAUUCAUUUGGCUGUUCAUCGUCUUUAAGCUCAACCAAGAUGACCAUAAGUGAGACAACACCGCGACCAGCGCACAAUUCUUCCUUCGAGGUUUUGGAUUUAUCGCUUAAAUCUAACAUGAAUGCAGUAAAUAUAGCACAAAAGGAAAGUAACUUCAUGCACAAUGAAGAUAUUCCUAUAGAAUUGGAAUUGUCCCUUGAUCAAAGUUUAUUGCAAGCAGAUGUCCCCUUGGAUUUAUCUGUACGUUCGACAUCCUUUCAGAACGCCACCACUUCAAGUGUGCUUGAAAACCUUAAUGACGGAUUUUCAACGACGCAGUGCAUUAUGGUUGAUGAUGGGCAGAACGAUGAAUUUAUACGUCGUCUCAUUGAGACAAGUGAUUUUGAUUUGGGUAUUGAUCAGCUACCGGAGGAGAAUGGCGACAACAAAUCAUUUAAAACAGCCUUAGAUAUGCCAUUGUUGGAGGGCAUGAACGAAAAUCCAAAUUCAGUUACCCAAGAAUCGAAUCAAGCAUUGGCGAAUGAUUCGACGUAUGCUUCGAUGACGGAAGAUUCAUCACCACAUUUCAACUGUUCUUUGGGGGAGGACUACUAUUUUGCCGAUCAAUCGACUAAGGAAAUAUUCAAUCAAUUGCUUGAUAUUGACUGCUCUUCAAAGGUUGUUACAAUAGACACCAACAAUAACAAUGACAAGGAAAAUUGUAUUUUAUUGCCAUCAGCGGACGCCUCUUUAUCCGAAAACUCAAAGCCAAAAACAGAAAUAGAAAAUGCUAAGAACUCAAGUGAGCCACAGAAGAAACCCAAUACACCGCCGUUGGGAGAGAGUGAUACAACGAUUUGUAAGCCUUCAACACCUUCCGACAACAAUGCUGGAGUUCAAAAUGCCCAAAGAAUACUUAGACGUCGACUUACUGUAGCCCAAAGGAUAGAAACGCCCGCUAGUAUAUUACUAAAUAAAAUAGUUUCUCUUAAUGGAGACAAAAUUAGCAUCACUAUUUCAAAUGAGACUGAAAAUUUAAAUUCCAAACUGGAAACUUCCAAAAAUUCGACACACAAAAACAAUCCAAUAGCAGUGGAAAAUAAAGUCUGUGUGAACAGUAGGAAGGACAUACAGCCUAUUCGAAGCAGAGAAAAUUCCAGAAGUACUAACCGCAUGAAGUGUGCAACUAAUGAUAAGUCUGGAGAUAAGAAUGCAAAGGAAGCCAGUGAAGUAAAACAAGCCCCUAAAAAUGUCGCCGCCAUUGAAGAAUUUGAAAAUUUCUCAAACAAAAUUGACACUGUGAAUAAAAGUUAUGAAAAUCGACUAUUGCAAGAUGAUGUAAAUAUGAAGAAAGGAAAGUCGAUUUGUAAUGAGACAGAAAAGGAACAGAGCCAAUGUGUAGACGACAUAUGGUUGGGAGAAACCGAAUUUAAGAAGUCAUCCUUAGACACCUCUCAGAUGAUAAAACUAUGUUCCUAUGCAGAAAGGCGGCAUUCAUACAAAGAGCACGACAAAACUGAAAAGGAAACAAAUUGUACUUCCGCUGGUAAAUAUGCAAAGAAAACCUAUGGUAAGACAAAUCAGAAACACAGUAACACAGUUAAGCCUUCCGAAUAUAAGAAACCCCAGAACGAGUCGUUCAGCAAUGAAUGCAUCUUGGAACAGAAUAGUAGCCAAGCAUGUUUAAAAAAUUAUCCUCUAGAAUCGAAGAAAAUUGCAGCAGCAGAUUCGUUAAGCGGCGCAGACUCAUUUUUUAUAUCAAGUUCUACAAAAAAAUUGGAAAUUAAUGCAGACAAUGCUUACGACCUACAAAACGAUAUAGUAGAGCAAAGUGUAGAUUUUACCGACGAAAAUAUUAUAAUCGACCUCUGCAAACCAUUGAAUUUAAAAGAGGCAAAUAUAGAUGAUGCAGAUAAUCGCGAAGGACAACAAACUGGUGUUCAAAACACCGACACGGACAACACGCCAUUACUUGCCGAAAAAGUUGUAUUUUCCAUUGAAAAAGUUAAACUAAACGCUGAAAGCUCCGAUUUAGAAUACAACUUUUUGUCGGACAGCGAUAAUGGCAGUCAGAAAUCUUUAAAUAAAUCACCAUGUGAGGAAGUUGGUAAUAUGAACAAUGAUUUUUUAGAAGUAGAACUUCAGCCCGCCGACCUAAGCAUCAAAAGAAAAUCUAUUGAACAGAGCGAUAAUGAUAGCGUUGUGGAAUCGUCCUUAUCAAUUCUAGCAGCUUCUGAUUGUUUGGAUGAGUGUGAAAGUCAUGCAUAUGAUUUACACGUUGAGGAUCGAUGGGAUAAUAAUGCAUUUCAAAGGAACGUCGAAAAGGGCGCCCUUUUCAAAAUCACAAGUAUAUCCACAAUUGAUAGGGAAGAAUUUGAACGUGGCGACGAAGGCAGCUUGAUACCCCAGGACCAAGCAAUGGAGAACGAUAAUACAUUGUCAGAUGAAGCUGGUGAUUGUAAAAAUGCUGGUACAUUAACAACCGAUAAAGAGGAACUUGAACCUAAAAAUAUACGAAGCACGAAUAGGAACGGCCUGGAGGAGAAGGAAUUGUUAACAGAGGGCCAUAGUACAAAGCCACCAGAUACCGAGAAAGACACCACAGCUGACAAUGCAAUGUCCCUACUGGAAAUGGAAUCAAAUUUAGAAGAAAAUAUUUUAAAUUUUGAAGAAGACGAUGAGGAUUUAGAUGAACUGGUAUUGGAUACAUCAUCAUGUUAUUUUAGUUCUCCAAAUGAGGAUCGUUAUGUAGACUCUUUGCCAGACGAAGUUGAUCAUAAUUAUAGAAAAACCCAGGAGCCAACCGUAACUGAAUCACCGUCCGAUACACAUUUCAUCAAACCUCUACCCGAUAUACCCAAGCUUCCUACACUGGAUAAGAUCCUUAAUGCUAAUGAGGCAAAGAGCGCGACAACAGACAACAUAUUAAAGAACUUUAAAAUACCUAAAUUAAAGGUAUCGACGACUAAAAAAGUUAUGAAACACAACAAAGGCAUUACGAUGCAGCCCAAGCUUUGCUUAGAGAGAAUACCACCCAUGAGCGAAACUACAAUAAAACUAAAGGAUUUCUAUGCAAAGUUGAAGCCCAUCAAAAACACUGACACUCCUAAAGCGUUGCCAAAUGCUUUGAAUUUAGCAAAAGUAACCAGGACAAUAAAAAAUGAAGCACCCGCGGCAUUGGUAACAGCAACUGCGCCACCACAUUUAGAACAGCCCUUACAAACACAACCAAUAUUUAAAUGUACUUUUAACAACGUUCCGGCAAAUUUGUUAACAACUCAUACUAUGGCAAAUUCGAAUAAUCCGGCCUUAGUUGAACAACGCUGCUCUUUCUAUGGUUUUUAUCAGAUGGCUCUUGUUUUUGGUGUAACUUGCCUGCCACACCUAGAGAACAUAUGUCCCGCUUCGAAUCUCUGUCAAAAGUCUCACCAAUUUAAUGAUGUCGAAAAAGUAUUUACAUCCCUAAUGGCUAUGAGUAAAUCGGAACUAAAUAGGGCCUAUUCGUUCGUCUACAAUCAUUCUAAAUUGUACCAACACUUUUUUGUUGUUUUUUGCAAUGUCUAUACACGACGCAGUGAUCGAGUAAAACUUUUGAAAUUGGUCAAUGAUUGUGAACGGUACCCAGAACAUGGCCAAUUUUUAAUUGUGCUGUUCGAAGCAUUGGUUACAUGUGGCAUUAGUCCUAUGAAUGCGUGUCGCCUGAUGCUAAAACGUAGUCGAGACAGAUCUCAACCGAUAAUUGAUGCGCUGGUCGCAAUCAUAAUGAAAUCGGACUGGACUCUGUUUUUGGACUAUAUUGAAAGUUUUAUAAAAGAUAACAACAAAUAUAACUUCAGCAUUGGGGUUCUGGAGCAAAUGACACCGGCAAUUUUGAGUAGUAAACAAGCGCAACUGAAAGAGAUAUUCUGCAAAUGCGUUCAGACACUACAUUGCGAGGAAAUGCCACUUCUUAAAUGUUCACCCAGUUUAAUGAAAUGCUUGGCAAUGGUAGCUGAGGAAGGAAAUAAAUAUCCAUAAAUAGUUGGGGUAUUCGAAAUACCAGAGAGCUCUCAUGCACCGCGACACACAUACUUCCUUUAUUUAACAAACAGACGAGUUACCUUUCGGAAAGGUAUUUAUAUAAAUUAUACUAAGAUUAAAUCUUUGAUGUAAACAUAUAUACAUAUAUAUAUAUAUAUAAUUUUAUGAUUUAUUUUAACUCGAUUUAUUAAUGAAAAACGUUUUCUCAUACAUGAAUUCUUAUUUUAUGUUUAAA